AUACUGUAUAGCGGUUAAACGAACUGACUGCGUUAUGUCCAAUAACGGUGAACAAUACAUACUUUAUCCUGGAGAAGCUGAAACAAUUAUACAGUCAAUGAAGUUUGCAAAAUAUGAAGAUUAUGGUUCAGAAAGAUGGUUCAAUUACCAUGGCUACUUGAACAAACUGAAUAUGCAGGCGAUAGCUUCAGCUCAUGCUCAAUCGGAUGAAUUUAUAAAAGAAUUUCUUGUUACUUAUCAAAAAUACCAAUUCUAGUUCACGAUUUAAUUAUGGUGGAACUAUGGAAGCGAAAGGUUAUCAGAAUUUUAUUCAGUAAUAAGGAAGAACCUACUUCAGCAUUCCCCUUGUAUACCAUAAUUUACCAUGAAUUAGUUGUGGCAAACUUACUCGAAACUGUGACCUAUCAUAGUGACGCAGUGGAAACUUUCGGAGAAUCGGUUACUGACUUGGUUGAUUGGUGUUAUCGAUCUUUAUGUCAUCUCGUUGUCCACUCUGUCUCAGAAAAGGAGAAGUCAGUAUAUUUCGAGUUGAAAAACAAGGUUAGCGAAGCUAGUAAUUUGGAGGACUUGGAUCGUCAAAAUAAAAUCAUAGAAUACGAAAAAGGUUUCAAGGCUAUCACCAUUAUCAGACAUUUGUUUGAAAACUGUCUAAAUUCAAACAGUUCAUUGCCUCUAGGUGUUGGACGUCGUUUACUGUAUACACAUGAUAUUCCUAUUGUACUUUGUCAGUUACUUGAGCAAAUGCCAUGGAUAGUAAUUGGUUUCGAUAGAAGUAGUAAACAGUGCCGUCAACAUAUUUGGCAAGAAAACGGAUCAUGGAUUCCGGAUGACAAAAGUUCAUGUAUUGUUCACAAAUCAGAGGCACAGAUUUGGUUAUGUCUGUUUCAAAUUCUCUUGGCAAAUAAUUCAUCUCUAAAAUAUGAUUGUUCCAUUGGUCAUCGAAGAGCAGCUCUCAUGAAACUACGUCCUUUUCUUACUGAAACAAAGCUGGAUGUCUUACCUGUUUUGAUUGACCUACGACGAUUUCUGGAGCAUUUAAGUCUGAGUGAAUCUUGUGGGGGCACGGCAGACAAAACCAAUAUGUGUCUUGUUGAACUUGUCCCAGAAAUCCAUGAAUCCCUAGUUAACAAAUACAAAAAUAAAUGGAAGAAGCUUACUGUAUUGUUUAUAGAACAAACGGAAUCUAGUCGAGGAAAAGAAGCGGCAAAAAAAGCUGCAGUCCAAUGGACUGAUGCAUUCUCCGAAGAACAUCUCAGUCAACUGUUUUCUACCUCACUAAGUGAUUCAGGUGAUAAUCCUUUAUACCCAGCACCAAGAUGUCCAACAUGCGGAGAAGUUGCUUCGAAAAGAUGUUCCAGAUGCCGUCAGGAAUGGUACUGUGGGCGAGAAUGCCAGGUAGAACAUUGGCCAAGACAUAAGAAGGCUUGUGACUUAUUGGCGGAAGUAAUAACUUCUGACAAAGACACGCAGUAGACCUGUACUUCAAAUGUAAGUGUUACUACUAACUGCCGUUAUAAUAAAAUUGUAAGCAACGUUGUUUGAAGAUUUAUCGUUUGAGCAUCAGCAAUCUGAGAAGAAAAAGAAAAGAUGAAUCCAAA